AUGCAACAAACACUUCUCGCCUUUGGUUCGCAUAUUUGUUUGAAAUUGAGCCGAAAGAAGGCUUGUCUUGAUCCGAGUACCUCGACAGAAGAGUCCACCACAUCAAGUUUCGUGAUGGAACGAAAGGGAGAAGGCUCUCUCGUAUUUUCUGAAAAAUCCGAGUACGGAUCCGAUGAGGAUACGUUUCUGAUUACCAUGCCUGGAGGAUUACUUCCGUCCUAUAUCAAACCUAUUCAUUACGGAGAGCCUUUUUGUAUGAAGCAUGUGGCAAGUCAGAAAUUUGUAGUGGUGGCAGGCUCUGAAGGAAAACAUUUGGAUUGUGUCUUUGAUUUUGUAUGUGCUAAAGGAGAGGAAGAAGUGUGUUUGGUGCGGAGGGAGAGACCUUUUGAGAAAGGUUCAAGCGAAAUGAUAGAUUGUUCUGAUCAUGGAGAUGAAAUCAUUCUUCGAUUGGGAGAUGGCUCGGAUUAUUAUCCCUAUGUGUUUGUGUCAUGUUCUAGUAUGAAUGAUUUGAGAGUUGCAAAAUUAAUUUCUGAACCGGAGCAUGCCUGUGUUGCGUCAGUGACAAUACAACGUGAAUUUACACCUGAUCAGUAUGAUGAAAAGAAAUAUGGAAGAUAUACUUGUCUCUUGAAGAAUCAUUUGAUAAAAGAGGGUGAUUACAUUGGAGCACACCAAGCCUUAAUAUUUGAUGCUAAAGAACACGUAAUUUUGAGCUCGUUGCCAAUACCCCAAAAUGAAGAAGAGGAAAAGCUAGUUCCCUCACUUGAAGAACUCGAACAUCUGUUUAGCACAAUUGUGAAACGAGAACAUGUUUCAAACGCGUCUACCAAAAUUUGUUUAUUGGGAAAUGAUUUCAUUGUUCCAGAGGAGAAGGAAAUGCUUCUCAUGCUCUUAAAGAAAGCCUAUGUAGACACGUGCGCAGUUUGGAGAGCAACUCGAACUCUCAACGAUGACACACAAUUGAGAGUACUUGCAACAGUGAUUGACGAGAGGUAUCUCAUCUUGGCAAAUUGUUCAUCAGACUUGGACGUUUUUAUGAGAGGUCGUUCUCUGAUGGCCUUGCUUGUCAAACGAAGCGUUGACAAUGGAAAAUUGUUGGAUUUUUAG